AACUUCCUCACCUCCUCCUCCUCGCUAUCUGCCCAUUGCUAGGCAGAGGCAGCUCCCUCCCAAGGCAGGAGGGAGGCCCACACGGAAGUCAAAGCCAACGCUCCAUUCACAUGCAACUUCAGGCAGAGUAACAAUUCCGCAACAAAACCCUGAAACUUUGGGAGCCUCUCAGCUUGUCCUCAGCCCAACAGACUGAUCAGAGAAAAAGAACAGCAGGAGGAAGAGAAAGGUUCCAAUUCACCAUGCAGGAGGAAAUUCUGUUGACUCCCUGGAGAAGUUUUCCUUUUGAAGACUCAGACACAUUUGCCUUCACGGGGCAAGAUGAAGAGAAAUGGGAUUUUGUCCUUGUGAGUGACAUCCACGAAAUGGGCAGUGAGAAAGAGAUCAAGAGGAAGAAGUUCCUGGAUGAGCUGAGCAAGAAGGGGUUCACCAUCAAGAAAAUUGAGGACAGGAAGCUAUUUUAUGGGGUCCGUGCCCCAGAACACUUCUUCCGGAAAUACCAAUGGCUCUUGAGGAACCCCGACAGCAGGCUGCAAGACCUCAAUGCCCAGCAGGACGUACCAGUGACCACCAGGAUACGGAUCGUGAACUUCAUCUUGCAUAACACAGUGACACCCGACCUCGAGAAGCUGCGUGACCUCAUGAAGAAGAAUGUCUUUGAGGCAGCAUUUCCACUGCACGAGAAAGAAGAGGUAAGGGAAUUUCUGAAGGAGAAAUGGGCCCGCUGGAGAGAUAUAUUUUGCCAACAGCCAAUUGAGAAGAUCAGAUGCUAUUUUGGUGAAAAGGUGGCCCUCUACUUCACCUGGCUUGGCUGGUACACCUACUUGCUGGGAUUUGCUGCAGGGGUUGGACUGGUGGUCUUUGUGGCUGGGAUUACUGUUUUCAAUUCCAGCCAGGUGAGCAAGGAGAUAUGUGAAGCCAAUGACACCCUUAUGUGCCCACUCUGUGACCAGAAGUGCCCAUUCUGGCUGCUCGCUGACACCUGCAUGUAUGCCAGGGUCACUCACAUGAUUGACAACGAAGGGACAGUUGUGUUUGCCAUGUUCAUGGCAAUUUGGGCCACUGUAUUCCUGGAGUUGUGGAAGAGGCAGAGAGCCCAAGUGGUCACCAACUGGGAUCUGUAUGGGUGGGACGAGGAUGAGGAGGAGCUAGCUAUGGAGCUGAUCAACAAUUUGCAGCAUGAACCUCGGCGGUAUCGGCACUCUUACUUGCGCAGCACCAUUGUGCUCCUCUUGGUUCUGCUCAUGAUUGUUGUACUGAUUGGCAUUGCCCAUGCACUUGUCAUUUAUCGGGUGGUCGCCACGGCUCUCUUCACCCAGAGUGAUUCCGAGUUCUUCCGUGAGCAGGCUAACCUGGUGGCAGUGAUAACAGGGGCUGUGCUGCACUACAUCACCAUUGUCGUCAUGACCAAGAUCAACAGACGCGUGGCCCUCUUUCUCUGUGACCUAGGUAAGGGAAACUGGAGGAUGCCCCCACUUACAGCCCUCAGCACCAAGCUGCCCAGUGGUACCUCCACCAAAGAAAAGAACUGUAGGGCACCUCCUCAUUGGUCCCCAAAUGCAGCUAGUUUUGUGGCUUCUUUCCUUCCUCCACAACCACAAAGCAUCUGCCAGGCAGUUCUUGCCAUGGGAUCCAUGGGGAGUGGGAUAAGGUUCCACCUCUUUAUGAUCAACACCCUGCUCCUGUCUCCAGAGAAACCACGGACCUUCUCCCAGCAUGAGAACAACUUUACCAUAAAGAUCUUCAUCUUCCAGUUUUUGACGAACUUUUCUUCGCUCAUCUACAUUGCUUUCUUUCUGGGGAGGAUCAAUGGCCACCCAGGGAACUACGUGCGCAUUGCUGGCAAGUGGAGGCUGGAGGAGUGUCACCCUAGCGGCUGCAUCACUGACCUCUUCAUCCAGAUGGCCAUCAUCAUGAUGCUUAAGCAAACCAUCAGCAAUGUGAUGGAGUACCUUGUCCCCUGGCUAGCCCACAAAAUACGCAAGAGGCAGAAGCGCCCCAAGAAGAAACACGUGAUGUUGGGGGAGGAGGAGGAGGUUGAGGACCCCUGCAAAAAGCAGUGGCUCAUCAAUUAUCAACUCAACGAGGUCAACAUCUUCAGCUUGUUUGAUGAAUUCUUGGAGAUGGUGAUCCAGUACAGCUUCACCACUAUUUUUGUUGCUGCCUUUCCUCUGGCCCCAUUGCUGGCAUUCUUCAACAACCUCUUUGAGAUUCGCCUGGAUGCCAUCAAGAUGACACGGCUGCGCCGGCGCAUGGUGCCCAGGAAGACCAAUGACAUUGGAAUUUGGCUGCAGGUCCUGGAAGCCAUUGGCAUCCUGGCUGUCAUCGGGAAUGGAUUGGUGAUUGCCAUCACAUCUGACUUCAUCCCUGUGCAGGUCUACAAGUACACAUACAGCCCCUGCAUGAAAGAAAACAACACUGCUGUUGACUGCUUGACUGGCUACAUCAACCACAGCCUCUCUGUCUUCCAUAUCAAGCACUUUGAGCCAGACACAAAUCUGGCUGUAGAGAUCUUAGAUUUGGUCAAGAAUGGGACUACAGUGUGCAGGUACCGGGAUUACAGGAAUGAUGAGGACUACAGCUACACUGUCCAGUUCUGGCAUGUCUUUGCAGCCCGGCUUGCCUUCCUCAUCCUCUUUGAGCAUGUGGCUCUGUGCGUCAAACUGAUUGCAGCCUGGUAUGUCCCUGAUGUGCCCCUGUCAGUUAAGAAUCAUCUUCUGGAUGAAAAGCACUACAACCUUCGGAAAGAACUGAGUAUGAUGGAGUACUCCACUGAAGUGUAGCCUCCUCUCAUGGAAGAAAGUGAAACAUGGACUUGAGCCCCUCUCCCCAGCCUGCCAGCACAGCCAGAGAGGCAUUCAUGAGCUCUGGCUGUCACCAACCAUGGACUUGAACUGGGGAGUGAUGAGGUGACAGCUGCUUCACAGGAGCAGGAUGCUUAUAACUAGUCCAGCCACAAAGAGGAAGAAAGUGGCAGCAGAGGUGGGAAUAGCAUCUUCCCAGCAAACUCAGCAGCCGAGGAAGAGCUAUGACACAAUGGAGCCAGGCUCCUCAGCACCAUGCAGAGAGCUCAGCAUGUUUGGCAGCAUCCAGCCAUCACUGGGUAGGCAUGACACUGGCCUGCAGGAGGUGCCCUGGCUUCCAUAUCAGUCAUUGCCUUCACGUGCCGUGUAGCAUCAUGGGAAAAAGUGGCUACCUCAUUCCAGGUUCCCUCUCCAGAUCUUCCUUACACUUUGGCCCCCUCUUCCUCUACUUUCACUGACCUCCCUGCUCUCACACUGUAAAGAAGGUUCAGUCCUUCCUCUUUCACGAAAGCCAGCACAGUCUGCCUCACAGCACAACUACUGCAUAGCUGUGGUUCCAAACCAUCCUUUCCCCGAUCUUUAGUAAAUUGCACUUGUUAUUCUAAUUGGCUUUUGCACAGGGCCCUACCAUGCCCCCACAUCUGCUUUAACUUAAAUAUAUAUCCAACUCAACUACAAGAAAAAUGGUCAAUAAAUGCAGUGACUGUAAAAACUCGAGCAGACAGACCCUCAGCCACCAAGAGUAACUGUAUUCACACUGCUAUCUUUCCUGCCUCCCCUUUCCUAUUCACAGCACCUAAAGAUCAUUCACUCCCACUUCUUUUUUCUUCAUGUGGAUAAUGAAAAAAAGGCUGGAGCUUAAGCAUUUAUGCCUAGCACACUGAGGUGGAGUGAGAGGUGCUGCAUAGUGGCAGAAUUAAAGGAAAUUGACAUAGUGCAAGAACAAGAGCAAGAACGUGCUGGACUGACAGAAGUACAUUUAGCUAUAGAGAAAAUCCGAGUCACAAGGCUAGAAAGUGUUAUCUCUUGCUGCAAAGCACAAUACAUUAGCCCUGCCAGCUUGGUAUUUCAUCACCUCUUUCCUUACAGCCCUACAACAGUGAACACAAGAGUUUGCCUAUGGCAAAGCAGGGGUUACAUGCCCCAGCUGGUCUGGUGUCAGAGCAGUCACUGGAACUUUUCUAACAUUUGUGUGUUCCUGGCUUCAUAGGUUUGCUCACUGCCAGGUCUACCUGUAGUUUUACCAAAUCGAGGCAGAGUUAUUUGCAUUAAAGGAACAAAGUCUUUGUUCACAUUAUAUGGAAAUGACAAUGUGCCCUCAAACAUGAUUCUCCACUCAACCCUGAGUGCAGAAACAGCCUUUUGGUACCCCACAGCAUUUCCAAAUUAGAUUAUUUUGAACCUGUGCAUGGCAGCCUUGCUGAACUGGGUCUGCAAACGCUUGAGAAGAACAACUUUUUUCUAACUUUUGUUAAUGAGGAAGGCAGGAGCACCGGUCAGGUCACUGCAGCUCAGUUUCCAGCUUUGUUACCAUCCUUGUAAACCCUGGGUCAAAUCCACUGGAGAGUUUCGAAGCUGACCUAAGAGUCUUUUUCUUUAUGAGUACUGAAAUCCUUUAACCAGUUCUGAAGUUUAACCUCGAGCUCCAUGCUUUCAUCCCCUCCUCUGUCAAAUAGUCACAGGUGGCCACUUCUGUUAAAUUGCGGGGAUAUACUGAAUAGAAUCUGGGAGCUAGGCAGGUGUCACUGUGCAAGUGUGUGAGCACGUGUAAUAGACACACAGCCACAAUACAAACCCUGAAUGAUGCAGACAAGUGAAGAUGAGCAGCAUAGCUCAGGAUCAACUAUUUCAUUAGGGCUGAUCUGUCAUGUUCUGUAAUUAAAAGUCAGGUUAGCCUGAACCCCUGCUGCGUACAGAGCGAUAUUCCUGCACAGAGAUGUACAUGGUGAUGCUUCUUCCCGUAAUAAAAGCUGUUCUUAGCACCGCAUGCCACAAGAGGCCACAAUGUUUGUGGCUUGUUUGAAGUCAGUGCAGCCCCACACCUGCAGAGUCCUUGCCCCUGAUUUAACAGCAAAAAGCUACCCACCUGCUGUGUUUCCUGGGAAAAGGAGUAGAGUGACAGUGAUUAAGCAUCUGUGCCUAGGUGGCACCUCACCCUGUAGCAAUGCUCUCCUUUCUGGCACUUGGAUAUGAAACUGGUUUCACUGAUAGCCUUGGAACACAGCCGCCUGGCAGCUCUAAGUAGCUCAUACUUAAUUAGCUUCAAGCUGUUAAAUGCAUCAAGAACCGGCUAUCAGCGAGCUCGUGUUGAUACAGUCAUUUCCACCGUCCAACCCAAGCAGUGCACACUCACUUCAGCAGCAGGAUGCAGGACAGGGUUGCAGGCUCCAGCAUAGCACAAAGUGACAGUCUCAGAUUGAGAGGAUUUCGAUGGGGGCUCUGGAUGCAAAGCCAGCAGCUUCCCAUGGUCCCCAAGGUCCACUGCAGACAGGGCCAGGGGCUGUGCCCCACUGCCAAGGCCAGCAGCAGACAGCAGGUGACAGUCUGGGGGUGAUAUGCCUCUGAGCCCACGCUCAGGACUGCAGAGAAAGACACCAACAUGAACUCAGAAGAAAACUGCACUCCCAAAGCCGUGAAGAAUCAAGCAGGGAAGCGGAACGAGCUGUGCAAUGCCCUCAACCCUCUGGCUUGUUUUGUCCUUUUACCACUGUGAUCAAGAUCACCUCCACUUCUUCCCACUUUUCACUUGCCUGCAGGAAUAGCUCUGAUGGACAAGAAAGGUUUAGUCAGCCCCUAGUUCCCUGCCCUUGCCAUUUGUUCCUUGGAACCCUUCAUCAUCCCACAAAGCCAACUGGUUUACACUGGGGUUUGCAGUCCAUAUGUUAAAGUGAGCACAGCAGUGUGCACGAAGCUGGUGAAGGGUCUAGAGAACACGAAUGAUGGAAAGGCCACCCGCUCAGGGGAGCCCCGUCAUCUUUUUCCCAUGCAGGGCCUGCUGGGAGCUGUAGGGGUGCAGCUCGACAUGCAAACAGCACUGCAGUGGCCCGAGGGGCGGGCGGGCACACACCGAGCCCUGUAGUCCUGAUGCAGGGUUAAUUUUUAACUUACUGUAAAUGGGAAUCUGCUUUCAACAACCCUCUGAUGGAAUGCAGAUAGAAGGAGCUGUACUGGAGGUAGAGCACUUCAGGACCUUUGAACAGAAAGCCUUGAAUAAACCAAAACUAUUUUGUAUGGUUUAAAGGAAAACAACAAUAAAAAAGCUUCACAGAAAAAGAAACAGACAAACAAAAGGUGAAGCACUGGGGCCAUUA